UGUGCAUAUCUUGCACACCCCAGUGCUGUUAAAUCUUGCUAUUGGGUCACUGCUACGGGCUGUCAUUUUAAAAAAAUGUCUGCAAGAACAAAAAUGUAAACAAGCGAGGACAUAACGAUAACGGCUAAAUAAAAAUACAUCACCCCUGCCUACGUCACACUAAAUCGAAACCAAUACAAUUACCAGACAAUACCUCAGGUACAAUACGUCAGUGCAAUAGUAUUUUGAGGUUACGUACGAUUGCGAGUCUGUGCCAUUGUAAAAGGUUAACGAGGAUGUGAUGAAGCAAAAAAUUUUUUUCCAAACGUCGAGAUUCCUUUGUGAUUAAAGAAUUUUUUUCACGAUUUGGUAAAACCGUCAGAAGUGGCACCAUCGAUUGGAUUGUGAUGCAUUGUUACCAUCGAAUCCUUCCAAGAGCGAUCACCUGCAAAAAGGCCCCCAUGAGCAUUUGAUCCCCGAUAAAAUCGACGGAAAAUACCCAUGGAAACGAUAAUGCGAGACAGAAUAAUGGGGUUCGCCAAUGUGGUAAUGAGAGUGCCCCCAUUAUUCAUCAUCGACGAGCUCCUGAGGAUGAGUCUCGGUGUGCCCGAGGACAAUGUUAUCCUUCUAUCUAACGAAACAUUAAAUAAUUUUAAAGUCGAGAGUAUGCAGAAUACCCUGGUCGGCUCGCUCGUGUCACCGGAGCCAUUUUUUAUGCAACAAUUUAAUAUUAACGAUUACUUCUACCAGACAUAUGUUAACACACUUAUGAAAUUCCUAGCUUGUUGCCUGGGUAUCGUCGUAUCGUUGUACAUAUUUAUGCUGUGGACGAAGCAUCUGAUAGUUGUCUACCUGUACCUGAUAUCAGUUGGCACGAUAUUUUUGUCCUACUGGUCGAAUGUCAGCACGAUGAAAGCCGUUAUUGUCUACGCAAAUUCAUUCGACACAUCAACAAGUAUAUUAGACGAUAUACUGUGUCUCAAUAUCAAUCAACUCAUGAAUUAUGGUCCUGGAAUUCUCAUUAUCGAGAAUUAUUUACUGCAGAGUCUAUUCGCGUGUAUAUUUUGCUACAUCCAUUUAGCUCCACGUCAUCCAAUCCUCCAGAAAUUACUGGUUGCCAGUUUUCUAGCGCCUUCAGUCCUGGCUAUUACUCCAUUGCCAACCCCCGUCUUGCAUCACGCCCCAGUGUUCGCAGCUCUGCUGCCUCUGGCAGUCUGCAAAUUUAUUCUGUGGUAUAACAGUCUCUCAAUGCUGAAGAUAAUCCACGCAGGAUACCGUCACGCUCGUACCUUUAUCAGCACGUACGGCCUCUCAGCCCUAGCCGAGAUCGAGUGGGUGCGCCUGAACGUUCCAAAUGUCCUGCGUACCUUCUGGAUGCUUCGUGUUGGUGAACAGAUUAUCCAAAUCCUUGGCAAUCACUACGGGGAAGAGACUCUCACCCUUUACACGAUGUUGAAGACCCUCUUGGUGAACGGCUGCGAGACCUUGACAGCAGUCCUGGGGAUGACCAGCAUAAUAUCCUACAUCUGCCACCACAUCGGCUGCUACUUCCAGUGGAUCCUUCUCACAGAAUACGAGGACGAAAAGAGCAUUGGGACAGUCUCAGCAAUUCUCUUUUACAUCCUGGCCCUGCAAACAGGUCUCACCAGUCUCGAUCGUGAAAAACGUCUCGUUAAACUCUGCAGGAAUUUCUGCCUCCUCUUCACAGCUGUCCUCCACUUCGUCCACAACAUCGUCAAUCCACUUCUGAUGUCACUGAGUGCCUCCCACAAUCCAGCCCUUCACAGGCAUCUCAGGGCACUCGCUGUCUGCGCAUUUCUCAUAAUAUUUCCUGUGUCCUUACUCGUCUUCCUCUGGUCCCACUUCUCCAUCAGCACUUGGCUUCUAGCUGUCACUGUCUUCAGCAUCGAGGUUAUCGUCAAAGUCCUCGUAUCAUUGUCAAUUUAUUCUCUCUUCCUCAUUGACGCGUACAGGAGCACCUUCUGGGAGCAGCUCGACGACUGCGUUUACGUCAUCAAAGCAUUCGGUAAUACCAUUGAAUUUGCUUUUGGAAUUGUUCUCUUCUUCAAUGGCUUCUGGAUUCUCAUAUUCGAGUCUGGGGGUGCUAUCAGGGCUAUUAUGAUGGGAAUUCAUGCAUAUUUCAAUAUUUGGAAUGAGGCCAAGGCUGGAUGGAGUGUUUUCAUGAAACGCAGGACUGCUGUGAAUAAAAUUAAUUCACUCCCCGAGGCCAAGGUCGAGCAGCUGAGAAUGCUCGACGAUGUAUGCCCCAUUUGCUAUCAGGAGAUGAAGAGUGCCAAGGUCACGAGGUGCAAUCAUUAUUUUCAUGGGGUUUGUCUCAGGAAGUGGCUUUAUGUGCAGGAUCGGUGCCCCUUGUGUCAUGAUAUUCUUUAUCAGGUGGAAAACACUGGGGGGAAGAGUCAGAAUGUGCCUCCGCAGGAGGAGGAGGAGGAGGGGAUUGAGGAUAAUGCUGCAAUGGGAGAUGAAGUUGAGCCUGAGGGAACACCGGCCAUUGAUCCCCGGUUCUCCACUGUUUGAGGAAGAGGUGAUAUUGUGAUAAUUGAUCAUUUAGCUUUUAGGGAAUUGAAAAAAUAUUUUCCAUGUGAUUCUUCCUUUUUUUGGGGAUGGGAUUUCGGGGAUCGUACACUGGGAAAUGGAUAUUCCCGUCAGGUCGAUGGAUGGGAUGAGAGCUCUGUGGAUUUUUAUUUUAUUUGAGAGAACAUUCUAUAGCUUUUUAAUUCUUGGUGGUAAUUUACACAAAGUUCAAAUUAAUUGACGUUUUACUGUACAAUUCUAGUAGAAUAAUUUCGUGUAUGAAUCUGGAAGACGUAGGGAGAUGAAAAAAAUCUCUGAAUCAAGGUUUUGCUCUCUCCCUUGGGUUCAGAGAUACUCAACAAAUCCCAUGUUCUCGGGGGAAAUCAUAUCGCAACACCGAUUCAUUACCGAACCAGAUAACUGUGUAGACCGGAAAAAAAUCUCUCACUCCUGUUAAUUUGAUUUCAAGAGUGAGGAGUUAUUUAUUCGUUGAACUCGAACAAUUCCGUCAAAACAGGGUAAUUGUACUUUGCUUUGUGACUUCCAUGUUCUGUUUGUUGGAAAAUGAGGGAGAGGUAUUAUCAAUCUCCAGGAUUGUAUGUACCAUAAAAUGUUUAUAUUAUCUGUGUCAUCAUCAUUAUACCUACGAAAACGAGAACAGAAAUAUAAUUAUUUAAUUAACAUA